AUGGAGUCCGAUGCGGCCAACGCGGCCACUCCUCCGACGCCCAGCACGCCUGCCCUGCCUCCCUCCGACAUCCUCGAUCUCCCAUUCAACAUCCAAACGCUACGAACGCGAUUUUUCGCGAUGGAGUCGCCGAUCACCAUGCCCAUCUCCGAGUUCAACGCCGCCUGGCCCUUCCUCGAUAACAUCUACGUGAGAAAUAGUGGGAGGAAUAGUGAGAAACGAACGACAACGUACUACUGGUGUCGGUUGUGGCCUAAGAAGGCACAUGCGCCCCGCAUCUCGCCGGAAAAGCGUCAGCGUAAUCGCACCGUCCGUACGCCCAUCGGAUGUCCGUGCAAGAUUAAGGCGGUCAGCGAUGGGUCGUUUGUGACAUUUACGCGGACUGGGGAUGGUCAUAACCAUGACUACGCCGCGCUGGGGCACAAGAUUACGACGGGCGUGCGGGAACUGGCGGCCCGGGAGGUCUCCAAGGGCUACAAGCCGAGUCAGAUUGCGGAGAUUCUGAAAAGCAGUCGGAAUGGGAACCUCGAGGCCAUCCAGGCGGCUGGCGGUGGUGCGUUGAAACUCAAGGAUAUCCACAACGCAGGUCAACAUCGACGGCGGUCGAACGUCGAGCCGCAGAGCAUCACCCCAGAGGUCGAGGUGCCUUCGCAUCGUAAGCUGCAGGUUCGCGGGGUGUUGGACGGGCUGUUCAGCAAAUACCACGAGCUCGAGUCGAUGACGUCCCGCUGGCCUUCAGAUGUUCGUGAUGAAGCCGUCUCCAAGUGGAUCAACGACCUGGACCAGAUCACUCAAUUCCUGCGCCGCGAGGAACUCGACCACCUCCGGACUCGAUUAAAACCCGAUUCUCAGCGGGCGUUGACGGAAUCCGAGAUGCCUUCUGUAGUGGCGGCGGCGAGUGCUCCUCCUGCCCCUGCCGUGGAGACCCCCGAGGCUGGACGGGAGCCUGCUUGA